GAGGCUAACAGUUGGAACUGGUCAGUGAAAACAAAAUGUGACGUGGCUAAUCCUGUUGGACAAAAAGACAGAGAAAUCUUUAAUAAUUAAACUAUUUUCUGAAGAGUUAGAGGGAGUUUAACGUGUAAGAACUGAACCGCAAGCUAAAAUAAAGAAGAUAAACUGUUCUUGUUGUUGGUUUUUGGAAGGAAGCUGCUGGUGGACUGAGGUCAACGGUUAACAGCUAGCAUCAAGACUUGACAGCUGAGUAGGAGAAGGGGCAUGCGCUAAGACAUUAAAAUGUCAGACAGUGAAGCUACAGCAGCAGAGGGCCCAGAGGUGGCACCAGAGGUUGAGGAUGCUUCUCCUGCUGAGACGCCCGACACCUCCUCGCCGACCACACCUGACAACUCGACUGACGUGGCCCCGACGAGGAAAACCAGGAGGAGACCGGAUCCCAAACCUGCAGCUGAAGUUGAGGAGAUGCCAAAAGUAGAGGAGCAACCGUCAAAGGUGACAUCCAGUGAGUCCACUGUGUCUCAGGGUGGUUGGGGAUACUGGGGCAGCUGGGGAAAAUCCAUCUUAUCCACUGCAACAGCUACUGUGGCCACUGUGGGCCAAGGGCUCACUCAGGUGAUCGAGAAGGCUGAGACAUCACUGGGAAUCCCCAGUCCCACUGAACUGUCAACGCAGGUGGAGGAAGAACAGAAACAGCAGGGUUCUUCUCCUGCGGGUGAUGGCAGCAGUGAGACAGACAAAGCAGCAGGAGACGCAUCAUCACCAGUGGGGAGUGCGAUGGGAAUGUUGUCGUCGCUCACCAGCGUCGUCCAGAGCACAGGGAAGACAGUGAUAACAGGCGGUUUGGACGCUCUGGAGUUCAUCGGGAAGAAGACGAUGGAUGUGAUAGCAGAAGGUGAUCCUGGCUUUAAGAAGACCAAAGGACUGAUGAACAGGAACGCCACUCUGUCACAGGUGUUGAGGGAGGCGAAGGAGCGAGAGGAGCUGCAGACAGCAGAGAAAGAGUCGUCAGACUCUGAGAAGAAGGUGGUCGCUCACUACGGGAUGCUGUUUGAUGAAUUUCAAGGUCUGUCACACCUCGAGGCUCUGGAGAUUUUAUCUAGGGAGAGUGAGUCUAAGGUGAAGUCAGUGCUGACCACACUCUCGGGAGACGAGCUGGUUCAGCUCAGAGAAGAGCUGGAACACAUCAAGGAGUCUUUCUCCCUGGUGGAGUUUGAUGAUGAGGAAGUUGAUGAGAAGAAAGAUGAAGACGGCACAGAGUUUGAGAAGGAGUUAACGAAGGCCUUGGAGGGUCUCAGUGUCUCCACCACAGCCGACAAACUCAGCAAAGCAUGUAAGAGUGCCACCAACCAGAUCACUGACAUGACCCAGCCAGAGAGGGAAGAGGAAGAGAGCGAGGAGGUCGUAAAGAAAACGCUCUCUGUAGAGGAGGUUCACGCUGCAGCCAUCAGGAGCCUGGCGGAGCUGACGGCUCGAUCCAUCGAGCUUUUCCACAAACUGGCUGAGAUGAUCCUGUUCUCUAACGGCAGCACAGAGCCCAGCGUCCUGUCACAGUUAACUGUUGUUUUGUGUAAAGAAAUCUCACUGCUUUCCAAGAAGUUCACCUCCUGCUUAACAACCACAGGGUCACAUGAGAAGGGAGAUGUCCUCAACCCACUGAUAACAGGAGUCUUUUUAGAGGCAUCCAACAGUGCUUCUUACAUCCAGGAUGCUUUCCAGCUUCUCAUGCCCAUACUGGAGAUUUCCCACAUCCAGAGGAGAGCUGAAUCCACAGAGCAGUGACCAGGUGACGUCACCUCUGACCUCCAUCGCUGCCAUCACGCUGGGACUCUGUCACUGCCGAUAACUGACGCCUUUUUUACAAAUCGCCUGUGCCAGCUUUUACCCUGGUCUGGUUUUUCAGCUCAGGACAAAAUCAGUUUCACGCCUGGGAGGAAAAGUGUGUUCUUGUCAAACAGUAUUAAGUUUUUGUGCAUUGCUGGUUUAUUGGUGAAGUACAUUAGAUGGACUCAUUGAAGUAUAUUGGUGAGAAAGGUGUGGAUCCACCAGCUCCAGGCUAAGGGGAACAAAAUGUGUUAAACAAAGAGCAGCUUGUUGUUCUUUGGUUUAUGUAAGAAAGUUAUGUAGACAGUAGCUGUGUCUCAGUUCUGCCUCAGAGAACACUUUGCUUAAAGAAUGCCAUAUAUAAUGGGAGCACCAGUGCUAAUUUGUUAAAAAGAAAGGUGUGUCUCAACAAAAUAAAUAGAAAGCUCUAUUGAUAAAGUACUUUCUCUUUACUGCACAGAGACUUUGGAUUUAGUUUUCUAUGCAUAUCUCUCUUAAACCGUGUCAUCCAACAAAAAAACACUAGUAACAGCUUUUACUGUUGUCUGAAUAUUCCAAUGACAUUCUGUUUACAAGGACCUGUGACUUACACUGAAAGAUUUCAUCAACCUGCCAAAAACCCAUUCAGCCUCUCCUUCAUUACCCUCUAUCCUGUAAAAGAGCUGGUACCUACAUUUUAACGAUUUAACAGACAAAACUCACAGCUCUGUUUUUCUUUAUUCUCCUCUCUUGUAAAUAUCUUACAGGAUCUCUUACAAUCAUUUCAAAUCUCUUUAUUGUGGUCAAAUAUUCAUUAAAGUUUAACAUAACCUCAGAACUGCAGGUGUUUAUACAUCAAACGAAGGAGCUUCUAUCUGCCGUGGAGACUGUGAUGCUUUGUCUUUUGAUGUUGACUUGCUAACAUCUGUGUGUUGUGGGCAUGUAAAGUCAUCUUUUUCGAGCCAUAUACUGUACUGUGCAUCAGGUAUUUGAGAUGGUUUUCAAAUAAAUGUGCUCUCUUAUAGGCCCAA